CGGCCUCCGCGGCUGCGGCGUCACGUGAUCGGCUGCGGGGCAACAUGGCGGCGGCCGUGGUGCGGCGCCGGGGCUGAGCGGCCGCGACUGCAGCGGGGUCCCGCCGGGUGCGAGGGGGGCGUCCCGCAGGGCAGGGGGUGGGGUCAGCGCGCCCUCCCCGCUCUGUCCCCGGCGUCACUCGCCGCGCGCGGUGCCUGCCGGGACGGGGCGGCAUGACGGGCAGGGCCCGGGUUCCGUCCCAGUCGUGCUCCGUGCUCCCGGGCCAGCGCCCGCGGGUGUCUGGGCGCACCGCCCUCGCCGGGCUCCCCUCCGGCCCCCUUUCUCCAGCCUCCUCCCCUCGCAGGUGGGAUCGUCGGUAGGAACCGGAGCGCGGGCGGGCGAGGCCCCCGGGGACCAUGUCCGGGCCCGACACCGCGCCCUUCCUCAGCCAGGCGGAUGACACGGACGACGGGCCGGCGCCCGGCACCCCGGGGUUGCCGGGGUCCCUGGGGAACUCCAAGUCCGAGGAUCCCGGGGUCCCGGACCGGGAGGGGCUGCAGCGCAUCACCGGCUUGUCUCCGCGUCGCUCGGCUCUCAUCGUGGCCGUGCUGUGCUACAUCAACCUUCUCAACUACAUGGACCGCUUCACCGUGGCGGGCGUCCUUCCGGACAUUGAGCAGUUCUUCAACAUCGGAGACAGCAGCUCUGGCCUCAUCCAGACCGUGUUCAUCUCCAGUUACAUGGUGUUGGCACCUGUGUUUGGCUACCUGGGUGACAGGUACAAUCGGAAGUAUCUGAUGUGCGGGGGCAUCGCCUUCUGGUCCCUGGUGACACUGGGGUCGUCCUUCAUCCCCAGAGAGCGAUUCUGGCUGCUCCUCCUGACCCGCGGCCUGGUGGGGGUUGGGGAAGCCAGUUACUCCACCAUUGCGCCCACCCUCAUCGCUGACCUCUUCGUGGCAGACCAGCGGAGCCGCAUGCUCAGCGUGUUCUAUUUUGCCAUCCCAGUGGGCAGUGGUCUGGGUUACAUUGCAGGCUCCAAAGUGAAGGAUGUGGCCGGGGACUGGCACUGGGCUCUGCGGGUGACUCCAGGUCUAGGGGUGGUGGCUGUUCUGCUGCUGUUCCUGGUGGUACGCGAGCCCCCAAGGGGAGCCGUGGAGCGCCACUCGGACUCCCCGCCCCUCAGCCCCACCUCCUGGUGGGCAGAUCUGAGGGCUCUGGCAAGAAAUCCUAGUUUCAUCCUCUCUUCCCUUGGCUUCACUGCUGUGGCCUUUGUCACCGGCUCCCUGGCUCUUUGGGCUCCUGCGUUCUUGCUGCGUUCCCGUGUGGUCUUGGGGGAGACCCCGCCCUGCCUUCCUGGAGACUCCUGCUCUUCCUCUGACAGCCUCAUCUUUGGGCUCAUCACCUGCCUGACCGGGGUCCUGGGUGUGGGCCUGGGUGUGGAGACCAGCCGCCGCCUCCGCCGUUCCAACCCCCGGGCUGACCCACUGGUCUGCGCUGCUGGCCUCUUGGGCUCUGCGCCCUUCCUCUUCCUGUCCCUUGCCUGUGCCCGUGGUAGCAUCGUGGCCACCUAUAUCUUCAUCUUUAUUGGAGAGACACUGCUGUCCAUGAACUGGGCCAUUGUAGCUGACAUUCUGUUGUACGUGGUGAUUCCCACACGACGUUCCACUGCUGAGGCCUUCCAGAUUGUGCUGUCCCACCUGCUGGGUGAUGCCGGGAGCCCCUACCUCAUUGGCCUGAUCUCCGACCGCCUCCGCCGGAGCUGGCCGCCUUCCUUCUUGUCCGAGUUCCGGGCCCUGCAGUUCUCGCUUAUGCUCUGCGCCUUCGUUGGGGCUCUGGGCGGGGCUGCCUUCCUGGGCACGGCCAUCUUCAUCGAGGGGGACCGCCGGCGGGCCCAGCUGCACGUGCAGGGUCUGCUGCGUGAGACAGGGCCCACAGACGACCGCAUUGUGGUACCCCAGCGAGGCCGCUCCACCCGGGUCCCUGUGUCCAGUGUGCUCAUCUGAGGGGCCAUGGCUUGCCGCCUGCAUACCUACCGCAGCUGACCCAGGCCCACCCCAGAAGGAGCCCGGGCCCAAACCUUCGGUCCGGCCCAGCGUCUACGAGUGGCCUUGGGCCACGUUCCAGCUCCCACACACUACAUCGGCAAUAGCCAAGGGCAAGGGGUGGCGGGUCCGGGAGGGCGGGGGUUCCCCUCCCUAGGAGCGGCCCCAGGGGCUUGGUGCUAUUUGUAACUGAAUAAAAUUUGUAUCCAGA